GUUCCUUUAAUUGACCUUUAAUUGAUUUUUCAACAGUUACACGCCUACACUUUAUUUACUUUGACAGAUAUCGUUACAAUUAUUAACUACCGGCGUACUUCAUGACGUAAAUAAGGUUUAACGAAUUUUAGUCACUAUAAAUUCGGUACUACAAAGAAUGUGUAUGCAUGAUUGCGCGUCUCUAAAAUAACAUUGAUUAACAUAAAGUCUAUACAUUUGUUUAUAUGCACUUAUUGUUAAAAGAAAACGUAGAAACUAACACAUGUUGAUGUACGUUUUUUAAAACAGACAACUGCAUCAUCAUAAAAUUGUUUCGUUGGCAUGGUGCGAAAUGGACGUACAACUCCUGUGUUUAUGAAACAGUGACAUAGUAUAUGUCCUCUUUUUAUGCUAAAAGUUGGGAUUCCAUAAAUACGAUCAAUAUUUUGACAAGACACUGACUAGACUGUAUGAUUGAAUGGUACUUAAUUUAAAAAUAAAAAUUAAUUCGUUUGGAAAUAUGUCAAAAAUUUGUGAUAAUUUCAUAUAAACGAGUUGUUGUGAGUGCAAAAAUAUGAUUGUGUACGCAUUCGUACUAUUAUCACUGAUCAGUGGUACAGUAAUUGCGAUAACACAACCAUGUAACGAGACAUACGUUGCCGAGAAUGGCCACCAGUGUCUCCCAUGUGAUGCGGGACAUCAUAAAGUGUCUGACUGUAUUACCGAUGGCACACAGUCUGAAUGUACCAGUUGUAUGAGUGGGACGUUUAUGCCAAGUUGUGACACUGCUCCGAAGUGUAUAACCUGUAGGUUGGAUUGUCCUGAUAAAAGGCAGGUCAAAGUGAAGACUUGCACGGACGUAAGUGAUAUAGAAUGCCAGUGUGAAAUAGGAUACUUUUGGAAACCUAGUGUUAUUGGUCCAAAUCACGGAGAAUGCAGGCCGCAUCAAAAGUGCAAAGAAGGCCAUGGAGUUGUAGCAAAGGGUACACCAUACGCCGAUACCAAGUGUUUGCCAUGUGAAAAUGGAUUUACUUACUCUAACAGUUCGUCCUUUGAUUCCUGCAAACCGUGCUUGUCUUGCAACACCUUUAUAGAGACACAAUGCACAGCUUUUAAUAAUACUGUUUGCAGAGAACAGCAGCCCAAACCACAAAACGAGAAGUCUUCCGAUGGUCUAGAACCCGGUGUUAUUGUGGGAAUAGUAGUUGCGGUAGUUAUCGUAACAUUAGCAAUGCUAGCUGUUCCCAUAUGUAUUCGUGUUAGAAGGUACAGGAACAACUUGGAAAAUGAAAAGACAGGAAAUGUUGAGCAGGGACUUGGCAAUGACUUUAGUCAGACUCAUGUUGAUACAAAUAACACCGGACCUGGUCGUAGUUUUAGUCUCUCUCGUGAUACAACAACAAAUCACAAUACAAAUGGCGAGAAAGCAUCUGGUGAAAGACAAAACGAUCCAGCUAAAAAUGGCACCGAUUCAUUCAUUAUAAACCAAGCAUUCGAUUCAGACUCAGAAGAUAAUUUGGAAAUGGAAAAAAGUAAAGGCCAAGAUGAAGUCAUAUUUCAACUGAAAACAGAAAAUUCUUCGUCAAAACAAUCAAAGUCAAGCUGUGCAUAUACCAAAGAGAUAAAGAGAACUUUAGAACAUAAAAAUGAUGAAAAUCCUGACGAAUUGUCUUCCAAUCAAAGUGAUUGUUGUUCCAUUCAUUCAAAAGAACCAUGUCGAAACAAAGGAAUGCAAGUGAGUAAUUCCGAAAAAGACUCAGAUGAUAAAAACAGUUUAUCUAAUGACACCGAUUUAUCAAUUGAUGCUUCCGCACUGGCACCUCGCACUCUGCCACCAGAAGAAGAUGAAGAAAGAUACAGUAAUCAACCGGAAGAAGCUGGAUUUGAUGGCAUGGAAAGAUGUGGUGAUGGACCUGUGAACUCUUUGGAACAGGACAGGGAAGGUGUGCAAUGUCAAAGAACUUCAAUCGAGAACGAUUCAGUUGACAGAAAAAGAGACGUCAAAGAUCCCGUUGACUUGCCUGAUAUUGUAACUGCUGCAACAGAAACAAAUAGAAGUGAAGAGAGUCGCAAGUCAACAUUCUGGUUUGAAGUUUUUGAUUUCUUGCAACGUAAGAUGCUCUUUAAGGAUUUUAUAAUGUUCGCUAGGAGACUUGCACAUAAUACAAAUAAAGAGUUCUCUGAGACAAUUGACGUGGUGAUAGAAAACUCUGGAGAAGGCAACGAAGGAAAAUAUCAAAUAUUGAAAAGAUGGCGAGAGGCCACCCCAAACGCUCAGCUGAAAGAUGUGAUAGGCGCAAUGAAACAUUACAAUCUGAAUGCUUUAUGUGCUGACCUUAUAGAUAAGUUAAAAGAUAAAAAUCUAUUGGACGCUGAUACUGAUGGCGGUUUUCUUGAUACAGUGACUGCACAAAGUGGAAAUGACAAUUCACUAUAUCCAGGAAAUGAUCUGUCCGUUCAAGAUGCUGAUAUUUACAUAGAAGAAAAUGAUCUAGCGUACGUUGGACAUGUCGAAAUGGAAGAUCUUAAAUCUUUCAAAUAUGAAGAUGAUGAUGCUGGGUGUAUAAGUUAACGAAUGACAUAUAAAUAUUAGUUUACAAAAAUAUAGACAAUUCAUUUAUAAGACAAUGACUAAGAUAUCGUCACAUAAGUGCGGUAACGGGUUUACUCCUUCAAUUAUUCAUAGGAGUUAACCUAUUACUGUACUAAGGUGACGAUACAAUACAUGCUAUUUUGGCUUGCGCUUACCAUUAAACCGAGCCUGCAACAUUUUCAAUUUUACCGUGUUAGACUUUCUUAAGUGACUGUAUAUUUCAUUAUAAGAAUAGGUGCAAGGAAUGACGUUGGUAGAUUAUUUUACAAGAGGCAUUGUCUGGAUUUAAGUUCAACCAUAAACCCUAAAGCUCUUAAAUAAAUUUGUUUCCGUUUUUGGAUCAGUCUUUACUGCUGGAAAAGGCUGAUCACUUACCAAACAGGGUAAAGGUUAAAUAACUAUAAAAUGCUAAUAUAAAUCCACUGCGUAAUUUGGGCAUACUUGUUUUACAAUUAAUUUAAACACUGUACACUAUUACAUUGUUAGUUAUUUAGUUACUACAAUAAACUUUAUACUAUAUGUAUAUUAAGUUAUAAAUAAUUAAGUUAUUAAGUUAUAACAAUGAAUAUCAAUAUUUUUUAUCUUUCAUUGUUAAUUUAGUAAUGCCACGUUUUACAUAACAUAGUUUAUAGUCAUACAGUAUCCAAAUAUUGCUGCGUUUAUAACGUUCAUGUAAUACUUAAAGGAUAUUGAAUGAGUAUAAGUUCAAUACUGAUUUUAUUGAACGAGUUUAAUAAAAUUAUAUCAUGCGAGCCUCUGGCGAGCACAAUAUCAUUUUAUUCAACAAAUGUCAUAAUAUGUAUUAAUAGUGUCAUAAUAUGUUUUAAUUGCUAUUGUAUGUAUAAAUUAUUUUAGAAUUUAGUGAAAUAAUAUAUUUCUGAUACAGUAUAACUGUAUUUUUUGUUCUAAUUAGUGUUGUAUAAAUACUUUUGUAUAUUGUUGUUUUUAUGAAUAAUUAUUUUUACAUGUUAUAUUUCAUUAAGUUUAGGAACAUGUAUUUCUAGAUUAUGACAUAUAUGUAAAUUGUAUGUAUACAUGCAUGAAUAUAUGAAAUAAAUACCGUAAGGCAUGUUUUCAUCCGUUUACUAAUAUCUUGCCUUAUUUUACUUAGUUAAUGAUUUUGCCAUUCUAUAUUAUGCAUAUAAGUAUUUUGACAUAGAGUUUGUAAUUUGAUUUAUAUACUAAUGCCAUUGUCUAACACACAGGAGAAGUGAAAUAUAUUUUGCCAUUGUUCAUUUAUGUUUUCAUGUUGAAUCAUUUUGUAAUCGUGAACUGUACACAAUGUAUUUUGAAAUUUUAAAAGGUUUUGAAAAUGUUUUUUAAAGUAAAACAUUAUAAAGUGAACAUUAAAAAUGAUUUUCACAUUGCAAACGGCACUUACACUCCACGAUAUUCUUUUAAAAGACAAAUAUAAACUGUGUUAUGCUAGUUUUAUGCAUUAAUAUUGCAAAAAUAUGAAUUAAUAUUGUCAUAAUAU